AUGGUGGUGAUGAAGAUGAAGUUCCCCUUUGAGAAAAGGGUGAAGCUAGCCCAGGGACUGUGGCUCCUCUCCUGGUUUGCCACAGUGGCCGGGGCCAUAACCUUCACCCUGGGGUGCAUCCUUAAGACGGAGCUCCGCAGGAGGGCAGAGGUGAUGGAUAACUCAGACAUACAUGUUGUCCCCAACACCCUCAUGAUAGUUGGUCUGGCCUCUUUGGGUAUCAACUACUUUGCUUCAAAGAUCUGUCAAGAUGCCCUGGACACCGAGCGGUUUCCUCGCUGGAAGACCAUCUUGAAGCCCUACUUUGCCGUCUCUUGUUUCUUCACUGUCCUCAUGCUGCUGGCUGUCAUCAUGAGCUAUGCGAUGAAGGGCAGUCUGGAGUCUUCUCUGAAGGGUGGCUUGAGGAACGGCAUCCGCUUCUACAAGGACACAGACACCCCGGGCCGCUGCUUCCAGAAACAGAACAUCGAUCGCCUGCAGAUGGAGUUUCAGUGCUGUGGAAACAGUGACUUCAGGGACUGGUUUGAGGUCCAGUGGAUCAGCAACCGCUACCUUGAUUUCAGCACCAAGGAAGUGAAAGACCGCAUCAAGAGCAACGUGGAUGGCCGUUACUUGGUAGACGGUGUCCCGUUCAGUUGCUGCAACCCCAGCUCUCCACGGCCAUGCAUCCAGUAUCAACUCACCAACAACUCAGCUCAUUACAACUAUGAAUACCAGACUGAGGAGCUCAACAUCUACCUCCGAGGCUGCAGAGAGGCCCUGGUCAACUACUACAUGGGUCUGAUGAACACCAUUGGUGCUGGAGUGCUGUCAGUCUUCCUCUUACAGGGUUCUGUGCUGGUAAGCUUGCGGUUCCUGCAGACCGCCAUGGAGGCGGUGACAGGGGAGGAAAACACAGAAAUGGAGACAGAGGGGUACCUGCUGGAGAAAAGCGUGAAAGAAACCAUCAUGGAGUACCUCGACCCGGUGCUGAAGUUCCUCCUGCUCACAAACCAGGUGGAGGAGGGCACUACUGCAGCGGCCGACCCAGCUACCGCCUAAAUUACAUAGGAUGUACACACAUGUAAAUAAUUUUUACACAGAGAGCGCAGUGAUGAGUGAUCAUUUAAAUUGGAGAAGAGAACAUGAAACACAGAUUUGUAUGAAUUUCACAGAUUUAGGGAUAGUAUUUUUUAUUGCCAGAUGACCCUCACAUGUAAAGUAAAUGUUGACUUUAUUACUGUACUUGCCCAUUCAAAUUCCAUGUGCUGAACUGAUCCCUUCUCUGUAAACCACAUACUCCAUAACACCAGAGAAGAUACCCACAGACGUUAUUGUAAACCCAAUACUCUACAAUUCUACAAUUUGUGAGAUACUUGUUGGUACUCCUUAAUAUGAAUAAUACGCUCAAAAUCAUUGAGCACAUACUUCAUUUUUUAUCAUUUCACAGUUUUAU